CACAAAGCAAAAAACAAACAAAAGAGAUGGAGCACCGAAAGGUUAGAGGGAACGGCAUAGACAUCCACGUGGCUAUCCAAGGUCCCUCCGAUGGUCCAAUAGUCCUGCUCCUCCAUGGAUUCCCUACGCUUUGGUACUCAUGGCGCCACCAGAUCCCCGGACUCGCCGCUCUUGGCUACCGCGCUGUCGCUCCUGACCUACGUGGUUACGGUGACUCCGACGCGCCUCCUGAGAUCUCUUCUUACACUUGCUUCCACAUAGUAGGUGACCUGAUCGCCGUCAUAACGGCGUUAACCGAGGAGAAAGUGUUUGUGGUUGGCCAUGAUUGGGGGGCUCUCAUCGCUUGGUAUCUUUGUCUUUUCCGACCUGAUAAAGUCAAAGCUUUGGUCAACCUUUCAGUACCAUUCUCUUUCCGUCCUACAAAUCCUACCGUUAAACCUCUCGACGGUUUGCGUAAGUUCUACGGCGAAGAUUUCUACAUGUGCAGGUUUCAGGAAGUUGGAGAAAUAGAAGCGGAGAUUUCAGAGGUUGGGAUAGAGAGAGUAGUUAGGAGGAUACUCACAUAUAGAAUGCCUCGACCUCUUAUACUGCCUAAAGAUAAAAGUUUUUGGGGGUCGAAAGACGAAACGAUCCCAUUGCCGUCUUGGCUAAGGGAGGAAGAUGUUGCUUACUAUGUUAGAAAGUUUGAGGAGAAAGGCUUUACUGGUGGGGUCAAUUUCUACCGUAAUUUUGACCGGAACAAUGAGAUGUUGGGUCCAUGGGUUGGCUGCAAGAUACAAGUGCCUACAAAGUUCGUGAUUGGGGACCAGGAUCUUGUAUACUAUAUGCCUGGUGUGAAGGAAUAUAUACACGGUCCCAACUUUAAGGAAGACGUACCUUUGCUCGAAGAGCCUGUGGUCAUGGAGGGAGUGGCUCACUUCAUUAACCAAGAGAAGCCCCAAGAGAUCCUACGGCUCAUCGUCGAUUUCAUCUUCAAAUUCUAGUUCUGAUUUCCCUCAAGCCACCUUGUAAGUUGAAUACAGAUAUCAUAAUAAGAUAAAAAAUGAGGAUGCGUCCUUUCGUAUGGCUAUAUAAAUCUAUAUCUUCUAUUAUUAU